AUGUGGAAGCUUGUAUAUUUCUCCGUCGCUAGCACACAACACUCACCGGGUUUUCAAUUUGUUUUCCUAACAGAUUGUGGACCACCAGGUGCUUUGUGGCAUAUUUUUCUUCCGGAGGAUAUGCCAGCUCUUCGAGAGUUCCUCAUCCAAAUCACAGAAGAGGAAAGCGGAGCACCACUCGAGCCGGGCAGUGAUCCGAUCCACGAUCAGCUGUUCUACUUGGAUCAGCCCCUACUGGAUCGACUGUACGCGUGUAUGGGUGUCCUGCCAUGCACUAUAGUCCAGUUUCGAGGUGACGCGGUAUUCAUUCCGGCCGGAGCGGCUCAUCAGGUCCGAAAUUUGAACAGCUGCAUCAAGGCAGCGGUGGAUUUUGUCUCCCCCGAGCAUCUCCCACAGUGUUUUCAGCUGAUUGAGGAAUUUCGUCGCUUGUCCAGCACACAUCAGAAUCACGAAGACAAACUACAGGUGAAGAACAUGCUGUUCCAUGCGGUGAAAGACGCCUUGUCCGUUCUACUGACCAGUGAUCCACCGCCAGCAGCAGCGCUUCAGCCCGGCAAAUCGCUUCGCCGAAAACUGCCCACCGACGAUGGAGAUGAGGAAGACGAGAGUGGCGAAGAUGACAACGGGGAUGAGGAGGAAGACGAGGAGGGCGAGGAGGAAGAAGAAACAUCAUCCGCCUAUAAUUGUGCCAUGUCGGAUCUGUUUGACGCAGACAGACUUGCUUCCGCGCAGCUAAUCCGACCCAGUCUCCUAAUGAAAUCAGAAGAGCGUGAUGGAACUGAUCACAAACCGGUCCCGAUGAAUACCAGUCCUGUCCGGGCACCAAGCCGCAUUUCCCAUCCUCCUCCACCGCCAGUAUCCGGACUUGAUUGGGUAACCAACCGGACUAAAUCCAUAGGUAGUAGCAGUAGCAACGGUGCCAGUUCCCGUAUAAACAAGACCAGUCGCAGUCGUCUACCGAUCACCGUGACCAGUAGUCGAUCUAGUAAUAGCCCCUCAUCUCAUGUGAAAAGCCCCUCAAGACCGCAUUCAGCCGGUUCAGAUCCGCAUAUGCAAACUCCCUCCCCUCCAUCGAGUGUAUCUGCAGCUGUCCGCUGUAAACCUGCGCCUCCAUCAUCUACAUCCUCGUCCACAUCUACGUCUCGCGCUGGCCUGUACGACUCUCAUUACCUUAUGGAUGCCGGAUUGACGCAUCGGAGUGGGACAGAACAGCGUGAUUUUGUAGUCAGCGGAUCACAACUCGGUUGA